UUGACAUUCGCCUCUUGGGCUCCCAUUCGACUUCGCGCUUCUCCUUCGCCAGCUAUAGAGAAAGGACGGGCAUAGUUUCACUUCUCUCGGUUCCUGUCGCUGGCAUAGCCGCUUUUACUUCAGCCAACUCCCAUAUCACCCUUCCGCAUCGUCGUCAAAAUGGCGCUUGACAACUACUUCCGCAACAAGAUAGAGAGCAUGAAGCUCGAAAUCAUCAAGGGCCAGGCUGUUUUGAGACGAUUAGAAGCACAGAGAAAUGAUUACAACUCGAGAGUACGGCUAUUACGGGAGGAAUUGGGCUUAUUGCAACAGCCUGGUUCGUACGUCGGUGAGGUUGUGAAGGUGAUGUCGACGAAAAAGGUUUUGGUCAAAGUCCAUCCAGAAGGCAAAUACGUCGUCGAUGUUGCCGAUGGUGUCGAUAUUGCAAAACUUACGGUUGGCAAACGUGUGUCAUUAAUGUCCGACUCGUACAAGCUAGAGAAGAUGCUACCUUCGUCCGUUGACCCCCUCGUCUCCCUUAUGAUGGUCGAAAAAGUACCGGAUAGUACAUACGAUAUGAUCGGAGGUCUUGACCAGCAAAUCAAGGAGAUUAAAGAAGUGAUCGAGCUUGGUUUGAAGCACCCCGAGCUCUUUGAAUCCUUAGGUAUCGCCCAGCCAAAGGGUGUCCUGUUAUAUGGGCCCCCAGGAACUGGGAAAACGCUUCUGGCUCGAGCGGUUGCUCACCACACGGACUGCAAAUUCAUUCGCGUCAGUGGAUCCGAGCUAGUGCAGAAGUAUAUUGGUGAGGGGAGUAGAAUGGUCCGAGAGCUGUUUGUCAUGGCAAGAGAACAUGCACCCAGCAUCAUAUUUAUGGACGAAAUCGAUAGCAUUGGAUCGAGUCGUGUGGAAGGGAGCAGUGGAGGUGAUUCUGAGGUACAGAGAACGAUGUUGGAACUUCUCAACCAAUUAGAUGGUUUUGAGCCGACAAAGAACAUUAAGGUUAUUAUGGCGACGAAUCGCUUGGAUAUCCUUGACCCUGCCCUUCUCCGACCGGGACGGAUCGAUAGAAAGAUUGAGUUCCCACCACCGAGUGUCGAGGCACGUGCAGACAUCCUCCGAAUCCACUCCCGCUCGAUGAACCUUACCCGUGGAAUAAAUCUGACAAAGAUAGCGGAGAAGAUGAACGGGUGCUCAGGCGCAGAACUCAAGGGAGUUUGCACCGAAGCAGGGAUGUAUGCCCUACGAGAGCGACGUGUACAUGUUACGCAAGAAGACUUCGACCUUGCGACAGCGAAGAUCCUCAACAAGCAUGACGACAAGGAGGUCAGUCUUGGAAAACUCUGGAAGUAGACAGCGUAGGUGGUACAUGAAUGGUAUAUUUGAAGCGAACAGGAUCAAUU